UGUUACGGCGUGCGAUGGCGCUGUUCCUAGUACAGAGGUACACUGGUGAUGAAGAGGGUGAGCCAGAAGACCAAUCUCAGGUGCUUUUGCAACGGCUGCAGGAAAGGGCAAGAAUCCGCCAGCUGCAAAAACAGAAACAGGAUCAGCCAAUUUCUGCAGAGCUAAGAAGGGCAGAGAAUGAAAUCUCUGGAGUGAACUCUGAGAAGGAAUCAAGGCCGGAGACCAAGAAAAGAAAGAGGAGACCAAGUGAUGAAUCUCCUUGCACAAAAGACCAAAGAAAGCCAAACAGGCAGCCACAAGCUGUUGAGAAGGAAAGUCCUGAUGAGGAAGAUGGUUCGAAUAGAAGCAGAACUCCAAAGAGCAGAGGGAAGUCCAAAAAUCCACCAAGAAAAACUGAAGCAGGAAGUGAUGAUAGCUUGGAGAGUCAUCUGGACAACAGCUGUGCAGCAGCAGGAGAGAGAGAGGAUAGCUGUACACCUACAGAGAAAGAUGCCCAAAGAAGAGAGGAGCAGAAGACACUGAAUCGAAAGGGAACACCCCUCCCUUCUCCCGUGAUUGUCCUCGGCACUUCAGAUCAAAAGGCUGUGCAGAAGGUGCAGCCUUAUUUGCCACAGUGGCUUGCUCAGCCCAAGCUAGUCCAGAAAAGGAUCAAAGAGAACCGUGUCCCACUCCAGGACAUUCCAGAAAUCCACCCCAAAUUGAGGAAGAAACUGCAAGCAAAUGGAAUAGAAUAUUUGUUUCCAGUUCAGGCACAGGUGAUUCCAGCCAUUUUGGAGAGUGCAUCUGGUGGGUUUUUGUUCACGAGAAAUGGUUACCAGCCGAGUGAUAUUUGUGUCUCAGCCCCUACAGGCAGUGGUAAAACACUAGCCUUUGUCAUCCCUGUAGUACAGGCCCUGUUAGAACGAGUGGUUUGCCAGGUGCGAGCCUUGGCAGUCUUGCCCACCAAAGAGCUAGCACAGCAGGUGAGUAAAGUAUUCAACAUUUACACGGAUGGAAUGGGAUUGAAAGUCGUCCAACUGACCGGGCAGAAGUCUUUUGCGAAGGAGCAAGAGUCUCUUGCUGAGGAAACGUUCACGGGAUUCCGCAGUCUGGCAGACAUUGUUGUAGCCACCCCCGGGCACUUGGUGGACCAUCUUCAGCACAGUCCUCAGUUCAGCCUGAGAGAACUUCGUUUUCUGAUCAUUGAUGAAGCAGACCGCAUGAUUGACAACAUGCACCAGGACUGGCUAGCCCAGGUUGUGAAGGCUGUGUAUGGACCUGAUGAAGGCACCGGACCUUGUCACCUGUUCAGGAGGGCACCGCAGGACCCUAUCACAGCGGCCAGAGCCUUCUUCCCUCAGUUCCCUCUGCAAAAGCUCCUCUUUUCAGCCACGCUGAGCAAGGAUCCAGAGAAGCUGCAGCAACUGGGCCUCUAUAAGCCUUGCCUCUUUACUUCUGUCUACUCCAAGACGCAGCCUGGUGGCACUGCAGUGCAGCAGGAGACUGAGAAGAAUUACACCCUCCCCGAGGGGCUCUCGCAAUAUUAUGUGCCCUGCAGCCUGCAAUCCAAGCCGCUGCUCCUUCUGCAUUUUCUGCUGAGAAUGAAGUUCAGCCGAGUGCUGUGUUUCACAAACAGCAAAGAAACUUCCCACAGGUUGUUCCUGCUAGUUCGAGCCUUUGGUGGUGUGAAUGUGGCAGAGUUUUCUUCCCGGCUGAGUCCAGCAGAGAGAAAACGGACCCUGAAGGAGUUUGAACAAGGGAAGAUCCAGCUCUUAAUCAGCACGGAUGCCACCGCUCGAGGAAUUGACAUCGAAGGAGUGAAAUGUGUAAUCAGCUACGAUGCCCCUCAGUUUAUCAGGAGCUACAUUCACCGGGUGGGCAGAACAGCUCGUGCUGGAAGAGCCGGCCUGGCCUUCACCAUGCUGCUGAAAGUGCAGGAACACAAAUUCCUCAAGAUGCUAAAAGAAGCCGGCCUUCCUGAGUUGGAACAGCAGCCAGUGAAGAGCGAGACCCUCAAGCCUCUCCUCCAGCAGUAUGAGGAAGCCCUGGCUGAACUUCAGAGUGUUGUCAAGGAGGAGCAAGCCAUGAAGCGAUUCUGAGCAGCCAAGGGAACGGGUGCUGUGUGCUUCGCUGGUGUGAAAAACAAGCAGGGACUGGAGGAUUUUGUGAUCACAGGCGGGGCCCUGGCCUCAGGAGUGGUAGCAUUUGAAAGCAGAUACCAUUACCAGCUCCCUGGAGAAUGGAGAAGUGAAAGAGGAACAUCCUGUUCAUCUAAAACUUGAGCAGAAUGAGCUGCCAGUCUCCCUUAAUUCUUAAGUUGCUGUUCUCAGUCUUAGAAGACCAGCAGGACGUUUUUAGACAAGAGGCUCUUUCCCAGUGGGGCUUUAACCCAGCCUGAUUGAAACAGCAGAGUCUCCAGCCUGUUCCUGAGAGUGGACUGACUCCUGUUCAGCCUUCCUGACCGAGUGGGAGCUCCUGCAUUGCCUUGUCUUCUUACCACGAUAUCUUAUGUCCGGUUGUGCUUCCAGCAGUGACUACUGGUGCUCCACAUGAAGUGCACUUUCAA